CGUUAAUUGAACAAAAUCAUAUCGAUGCCUCUGUUGUUAACAAUUAUUUGUCAUUUGGUGGCGCAUGUAUCCUCCGAAAUAUUUACAACUGGAGUUGGAUUGCUUACAAACAGUUCUGAGAGUGGAAAUAAUUCGGGAUGUGCUCUGCCUAAUAUUCACCCAUUUGUCUCAAGGGUAAGGAAUCAUUCUGGUUGUUUUCAGCUUCAAAAACAGGCGGCUGAUGUGUGGAGAAGAGGUGGAUUCGCUAGCUGUAUUUCAAACCCCCCGGUUUCUUUUGGGUUGGAUUGGCAAAUUAUCCCGUAUCGUAUUACGGUGGAUUCUAAUGCAUUUGACAUAUUUCCAGAGAAUGAACCUUAUGUUGAGAAGUAUUUUUUUGUAAACACGAACCUAAACACACGUGGUAAACAAUGUAUGACAGUUACGGGAUCAAACUGGUGGAUUGAACAAACUGCGCACAGUAAGCAACAAACACAG